UGUGGGCUGGCAGCGCGGUGCGGUCAGCGUUAGCAUCACUUUUGGAUGGAUGGGAUGUUGACAGCUGUUUUAUCGCCAACACAAGUUUAGCUACAUGCAACACAAAUAAUUUUAAAAAAACAGUAAAUCUCGUCUUUGUCGUUAGCCUGUAUGUUGGACGGAUUUGUUUUGACUAUGAGCAGUCUUGGUGAGUGUUAAGUAUCCGGCUAGAUUAGUGUGAGGACAGUGCAUUCGGCAACGGUCAAGUUUCCAAGGCCCUCAACAUGGACGCGUUGCUGGACUUCUCUGAGUGCGUCUCGGAUUCUCCUGCCUUCAGGCUGAACCUGGAUCAGUUUGAGGAGGAUGUAUUUCUUCUACAGACACAACUAGACAAGGUCAUGAGGUUGUGCGGCAAGAUGGUGGAGGCAGGACAAGCGUACAACACAGCCAAUCAGAUGUUCCUCGCCGGCCUGUCCGAGCUUUUCACACGACACAAGGAGGACGGUGUUAUAUCGAACUGCCUGAGCCAAUUCAAGGAAGGCCUGCAGGAGCUGCUCACUUUCCACGCUAUGUUGCUUGAUCAGAGCCAGCGAGCCAUCAGUCAUCAGCUCAGCAGCUUGUGCAAGCAAUUCCUGCCUCAGCUGGCGGAAACGCGCGAAGAGUUUGUGCGUAUCGGUGACGAUCUGGACACGGCGGCUCUGAAGAACGCUCAGGUGUCUCGACACAAGACUGCGGAGGCCGAAAGAGCGAGUCACCUGCUCAUCGCCACACGAAAAUGCUAUCAGCACUUCGCCCUGGAUUAUUGUCUGCAGCUCAACACGUUCAAGACUCAGCAGAAGGUGGACGUUUUGAACUCGGUGUUCUCCUUGGUCAACGCUCAGCUGACGUACUUCCAUCAAGGCUUUGACCUGCUCAGAGACCUUGAGCCCGCCAUGAAGGUCAUGGCCACGCAGUUGUGUGAGCGGUCAGACGAGUGCGCGAGUAAAAGGAAAGAGCUGGAGCACAAUCACCUGCUGGUUCAGCAACGAGAUGCCUCCGGAGAGACGCUAUUCCGAUUGUGUGUUGGGAAUGAUGACAUCAUUCAAGGUUACCUCUUCAAACGAUCCAGAAGGAAGUCGAAAACGUGGAAGAGAUGCUGGUUCUCCAUCAGGGACAACCAACUCAUCUACAGGAAGUCACACAAAGACGCGUCUAUGCUUCUUUUUGAGGACCUGCGAUUAUGCGCCAUCAAGUCUUUGGACGACCAGGACCGACGAUUUUGCUUUCAGCUGAUGUCUGUUCACAAGUGCUGUGCACUUCAGGCUGACUCUGAGCACGUGAGGCUGGCGUGGAUGGGAGCGUUACAAGGCAGCAUCGAUCAGGCGUACCGAGAGCGAGGCCAAGCCGCUCCCGCACAGCCUCAGGAGCCCCACCCGUCGAGCGGCGGCGACAACGCUGCGGCCAAUCAGAAGACGGCGGUGCUGGCCGCGGCUCUGCAGGGUGCCGGCAAUCGCCAUUGCUGCGACUGCGGCGAGGAGGAACCGCGAUGGGCGGCCGUCAACUUGGGCAUCACCGUGUGCAUUCAGUGCUCCGGCAUUCACCGGAGUCUUGGUGUCCACGUCUCCAAGGUGCGCUCGCUCACGCUGGACUCAUGGGAAGCGGAGCAACUCAAGCUACUGUGCGUCCUGGGAAACGACGCCAUUAACAACAUCUACGAGGCGCGGUGUCACGACAGAAUCAAACCCACUACGGAGAGCCCGCAUGCUGAGAAGGAGGCUUGGAUACGAGACAAGUAUGUGGAGAAGGCUUUUGUGAGGCGGAAGGAUGGCGCAAUGCUUCAUGACGACGUCGAGGCUUCGCCACUGUCGCAUCUCUACCGGGCCGCCGUGGCUGGAGACCUGGUCGCCUUGGUGGCGGCGCUGGCCCAGGGGGCGCCGGUAAACGGGAGUUUAGGACAGGAGGAAGGACGCACCGCUCUCAUCGGGGCCGCGCAAGGGGGGUCACUGUUGGCGUCCGAGUUCCUGCUGCAGAACGGCGCCAACGUUAACCACAGAGACCGAAGAGGGCAAGGAGCUCUCCACGCAGCAGCCACCGCCGGACACACCGGGCAGGUGUGUCUGCUGCUGAAGCGAGGAGCCAACCAGUAUGCUGUGGACGAGAGCGGACGCGACCCACUGGCCAUCGCCGUGGAGACGGCGCACGCGGACAUUGUCACGCUGCUACGCAUGGCCCGAAUGAACGAGGAAAUGCGAGAUUCCGAAGGAGCGUUCGGAGCUACGGGAGACGACCAAACGUUUCAGGACAUUUUCCGAGACUUCAGCAACAUGGCGUCGCACGAUCCGGAGAAGCUGGCCAGACGAACGUUCAGCCGCGAUGGAAAUGAUGGGAACCCGUGAGUGUCUCACCUGCUUGGUCCAAUUGUCGUUCUCAGUCUUAAUUGUCACCUGACUCGGGCACAGAAUCAUGUUGACAAAACUUAUCAGAGGUUACAGUGCUGCAAAUGGUCUGAUAAAUGUAAAACAUUUAUUUUAAUAUUUAUAAAUGAUAUUAAUGAUAGUAUAACAUUUAAAUACUGUUCAUUACUUAAAUUGUAAUAUUAUAAAUCUUAUAAUGUAUCAAUUAAACUACCUAGAUAUAAAUGUGAUUUUUAUAUUAGAAUACCUUAAAAAAUAGAUAUUACGUCCAUUCAAUUGGUUAAUCCUAUAAUUAACCAAUUAUUUAAUUAAAACAAUAUUGUUUUAAUAAAUAAAUUAACCAAAAUUACCUACUAUUAUUAAUUUAACUAAAUACAUUUCCUCAAACAUUUGUGUUUAUCUAUUGGUCAUUUACGGGAACAUAUUGUAAUUGUGAAGUCGUCAACAUUAGCCAUUCUUGUUACCUUUCCGGCACUCAAACAGCAAGAAAUGAGAACUUAACAUAACUUGUUAGCCUCACAGCAAAGCUCACGCAUGAUGUGACAUUUUUAACGUUUACUAGGUCACAAAGGGAACUUUUGCCUCAUUUAAAACACGUGAUCACUUUGGAGGUCACAUAUGUUUACCUCGCAGUUACGUUGCCUUUUUUUAACAUUUAAAAAAUGUUUUACAGUGAACGUCUCACAAGCCUGCUCAUGUUUGUUUUAUCUUGAUGAAGAAUUACAAAUGAGUUGCUGCUAAAAGAAAGAAAAGAAACAUUUCAAUGUCCACUAGGACAUAUUUCACUUUUGACUGUUACUAAUGUAAUGUUGUGUAUUAAACACAAUUUAAACCCACAAAAAA